CCUCUCUCUUAGCGGUCUCCCAAUAGAUGGCGACGUCGUCUCCAGCCGAAGAAAGCGCCACAGUCUUGUCCCCUUCUGGCCCGGCCGUGGCAAGCGAGCAAUCACUCACCACGAGCGGCGGCGGCGGCGGCGGCCUGUUCCGUUCCGGGGAAAGCUCCCCUCUACCCCCCAGCGAGCACGAACUCGGCUGGCCCGCGAAAUCCACCCUGUCGCGCCUCAACGCCACGCCCGAGGAGAUGGCCGCCCGGGAGCGCAAGAUGGCCGAGGCCGUGCGCACGAUCCUCGAGUGCAUUGGCGAGGACCCGGACCGCGAGGGGCUGCUCAGGACGCCCGAGCGCUAUGCGCAGGCGCUGAUGUGGAUGACGAAGGGGUACGAGGAACGGUUGUCGGACGUGAUCAACAAUGCUGUGUUUGCCGAGGACCACGAUGAGAUGGUGCUCGUGCGGGAUAUUGAUAUUUCGAGUCUAUGCGAGCACCAUCUCGUGCCUAUCACCGGCAAGAUCGCGAUCGCGUACAUUCCGGGGCACAAGCAGCUCGUCCUCGGCCUCUCCAAGCUAGCGCGCAUCGCAGAGACGUUCAGCCGACGACUGCAGAUCCAGGAACGCCUGACGAAGCAAAUUGCCAUCGCAGUGCAGGAGGCCAUCGAGCCGCGGGGUGUCGCAGUCGUUAUGGAGGCUACGUGCGUGUCUCAUCCAGAUUCUCUACAUCCGUGCCGAGCCAUUGCAGACACCUGUGCAUGACGAUGCGGGGAGUGCAGAAGCCAGGCUCGAUCACAGUAACGUCGUGCAUGCUGGGGUGCUUCCGCACGCAGCAGAAAACGCGUGAGGAGUUUUUAACUCUCGUCAAAGGAAGGUAAAGAGAGCCCGAUUUCAUUUUGUAUCACCGAUUCAACUCGUAGCACCAAGUUAUACAUAAUUUCGAUGUAUAAGUCUCAUGUAUAAUACCGCCACCUCAUUCUAUUGCUUACAUUGCACGGAAUUGGGAAUAGAAUCUCAAUCGUAUCAUUCUGCUCGCCGGAUUGAAUCUCAGCGCCUGUUCUGUCGCUUAACUAGCUUGGUUCUUGCUUUCGCUGCGGUAUGUAGAGAAAAGGCAGUGAGUGUUGAGGGAGAGAAG